AUGGACCUCAGGACCAUCAUCAACACCGACUCGGCCGUGGGCGCGGCCCGGGGUCCGCAGCUGCACCAGCAACAACAACCACCACCACCACCACCACCACAGCAUCACCAGCAGCAGCAGCAACAGCAGCAGCAGCAACAGCGUACACAGCGGCCGCUCUCGAUACACUCGCUGGGGCCGGACGAGCCUCCGCUGCGCAGCGGCAGCGCCCACGAUGACCAUCCUCCGCAGCACCACGAGUACGGCGGCGCCCCAGCUGGCGGACGAGCGUCGCAACCGCUGCAGCCUCCUCUGCAGUCCCCCAAGCGCAUGCCAGCGUCCUAUAUGGGCUCGACUGCCCAGUCGCCGUACCAGCAGCCGCCGCUGUCUUCGAUUCUGACCGGCGGAGAGCCCGGCGAGCGCGCCAGCAGCGUGCUGCCCGUCCCGCGAGAGCCAUACUCGGCCUCCUCGCUGCCUCCGCCCUCUGCGGCCUCGCUCUCCUCGCCCUUCACGCCCCAGCCGACCAGCGCCGGCACCCAGCACUCUUCCUACUUCUCCCAGCAGCGCUCUCACUCGGUCCACUCGGCUGCCUCGCCGUCGUCGGUGCGCAGUCUUUCCUAUCCGUCUGGCCGUAAACGACCGUUACCAAAGCGUGAAAGCCUCGACCGGAAUCUCACUUCAGACUCGCUUCCUCCUCGACCUUCAAGGGAUGCCGACAUGGCGGUCAAUGGCAAUGCAGUCAAGGAACCAGCUGCAGAUAACCCCCUAGGACCUUGGGAGCCUACGAUCACAAACGUCAUCCCGUCAGAAGAACUGACUAAACUGAUAUGUGACUUUUUGUUCCAACAAGUUGUCAUGCGCAAAGAUAUCGGAGCCGGCCCAGCUGGGGGCAUGGCUGUUGGGUCGGGGGCCAUUCUCGAGGUCGAAGCCAAAUUGGGCAGACUGAUAGACAAAAGUCGGGGUGAGAGGCUACGUCUUCCCAUCCUCUCAGAAACCGUCAUCAGCAAAGACGACCCCAAUCUGAGGCUAGCCUUUGAAAGUUCAAUGUCACAGGCCCAACACCGGGCGAUGAACAACUUCCUCAACGAGGCGGUCAAAACAUCCAUAUCCCAAGGGACAGCACGCAUCCCGCUCGCCUAUGCUCACAAACGUGAACGAGAUACAUUCUACGACAUCUCUGCCAACGACCUCCCCCCAAUCGUCCAACAUCAUCUACACCCACGCCACAAGCCCAGGGUGAGGGUAACCACAGACGUGCGCACAGGAGCCGUCAUAGCCCGUAUCGUCAAGUGCCGUAUCGCCGACCUAGACGUUUACAGUCCGCGAACGUGUCUUGACUGGCGCAUCAGUGUGAACCUCGAAAUGAACUACGAUGGAGACCUAACCAAGUUGCAGCAGACAAGCGAUUGGAAACGAAGCGGUGAUCGAAACAAAGACCGCAUGAGCUACAGACAUCUGGCAUACCAGAUAGACCUAACGCAGGUCGGAACAACAGACAGCACCCCUGCAGACUUCGAGCAUGAGCUUGAAAUCGAAAUAUCCUCAGCGGAAAUCCGACGGCAAGGUGACCUCGCUCUAUCCGGAGACAUGAACAACCAGUACGAAGACCUCAUCAAAGGCUUUGUAGACAAUAUCCGAGUUCUUGCCAGGGCCGUGCCAGGCUAGUCAAUCGAUGAAGAAUAUGUACUUGCAACCCAGCAUGAAGAGAACCGUUCAAAUGAGAAGAAGGGGUUAAAGCGAGAAGGAGAAAACACCGAUUUCUUACUCAUCACUUUGUUUUACCUUUUUAUUAUGAUGACUACCAUUAAUUUGAUACCAUGCAGCAGCAUAUUUAU